AUGGCACCCAACAUCGACCCAGAAGUCGGCUGCAUCAUCCCCUCGCCAGGCGACUGGCCCGUCGACCCCCAAGAAGAUGUCGAAAUAGCAGACGAUCGAUGUUGGAUAGAUGGCUGCUUCGACUUCUUCCACCACGGCCACGCAGGCGUAAUGCUCCAAUCCCGACGACUCGGCUCCGAACUCCUAGUCGGUCUGCACAGCGACGAAGACAUCGCCGCCAACAAAGGCCCUACUGUUAUGAACCUCGCCGAGCGCGUGGCUGCUGUUGACGCUUGUCGGUUCAGUACGAAAGUUGUCCCUCACGCUCCUUAUGUUACGUCUUUGCCGUGGAUCAGUCAUUAUGGGUGCAGGUAUGUGACGCAUGGGGAUGAUGUUACGAGUGAUGCUAGCGGAGAGGAUUGUUAUCGGUUUGUUAAGAAGGCGGGGAGGAUGAAGAUAGUGCCUCGGACGCCGGGGAUCAGUACGACGGACUUGGUGGGGAGGAUGUUGGGGUGUACGAAGGAUCAUUUCGUUAAGAGUUUGACGGAUUGUCUGGAGGGUAAGGAGGGGUUGCAGGGUGGUAGGGGUGAGGAGGGUUGGAGGAGGGAAGGGGAGAGUAUGCGAAGAAGGAUGAGGGAGUACGCUGCUGCUGCGAAUGGCAGGGAUGAGUAUGUGCCCGUGUAUGCGUACGGCACAGGUACGGGCAAGGUAAAUGGCAACAAGACCAGCCACACAGAAGCUGGAACCUUUCAAUCAUUAGUCUCUGGCCAUGGCCCCCGACCCGGUCAACGCAUCAUCUACAUCCCCGGGGCCUUCGAUCUCUUCUCCUCAGGCCACAUCGCCUUCCUGCAAACCGUCAGCGGUCUCGAGGAACAGCGCGGUCGAGAUAAUGGCUGGUAUACAGAAGAAGCUAAGCAGCAACGCCUGCAAAGUCACGGACAGGAUUACGGACCCAUGUACGUCAUCGUUGGGCUCUACGACGAUGAAGUCGUCAACCACCACAAGGGCAUCAACUACCCAAUAAUGAACAUAUACGAGCGAGGGCUAUGCGUGAUACAAUGCCGCUUUGUGCACGCCGUGGUCUUCAGCGCAGCCUACACCUUCACCGCCACAUACCUCACCUCCUUACCCGCCUGCGAUAGUGGCAAGCUCCCAGAUGCGGUAUACCACGGCCCCAACCCCCCGACAUCCUCGCUCGCUUCCAAUUCAGAUCCCUUCGCCGAGGUCAGGAACCAGGGCAUCUACGUCGAAACGCCCUCCCACAAGUUUCAGGAUGUCAAUGCGGCACAGAUCGUGUCGCGCAUACUGGCUAAGAGGGAUGAGUACGAAGAGCGGCAGAGGCGGAAAGGCGCGAAGGGGGUGGGCGAGGGGGCGCUACGGAGGGCGGAGAUGGAGAAGGAGGCUGAGGGUCUAAGGGAAAAGAUCUCGAGGUAG